AUGGUUCCAAGCACUGCACCGGAACAUUCAGAGUCUAUCCACUCCUGGGACAGCCAGAUCCAAUAUGCCAAAGGCUCCACAGACAUCAUAUUCGUGUCCUUCUACACCAUCGUCUUCACCUUUACCCGCGAACUCCUCAUCUCAUCUCUCCUCCCUCUCCUAGCCGAACGCGCAGGGAUCGCCUCGCCUAGCAAACAGGCCCGGUUCAGCGAACAGCUCUACACAGCCUUAUACACGUUCGUCUCGACUCUACUCGGCAUGUACCUUCUCAUCGACACCGGGAUCCUAAGCCUCCUGUUCACGCCUACUCUCCAGUCCUUGCCAUCCGCCAUCAUGAACAUGCGCCUGAAUACCGAAAUCAUGUAUCAGGACUAUCCGCACCUCACGCACUCACUUCUCUUCAAAGCGUACUACCUCCUCCAGGCGAGCUUCUGGGCCCAGCAAAUGCUCGUGCUGGUGUUGGGGCUGGAGGUCCCUCGACGGGAUUUCAAGGAAUUGGUGAUGCAUCAUUUCGUCACGGUGGGGUUGAUUGCGUUGAGUUGGCGGUUCCAUUUUACGUAUCUCGGGUUGCUGGUGUUUGUGACUCAUGAUGGGAGUGACUUUUUCCUUGCUACCUCCAAACUCCUCAACUACCUCAACAACCCCCUCCAAAUCCCCUACUUCAUCCUCUUCACGCUCGUCUGGAUCCAAACGCGCCACGUGACUAAUCUACGCGCACUAUACUCCCUUCUCACGGACUUCCAAACCACAGGACCAUGGGGUCUCAAUUGGGAGCGGCAGGAGUAUAAAUGCCGGAUUAGCCAGGUCAUUACGUUUGUGUUGUUGGCUGCGUUGCAGGGGUUGAAUCUCGUUUGGCUUUCUUGGAUACUGAGAACGGGAUGGCGGUUUUUGAGCUCUGGGGGUGAGGUUAUUAGAGAUGAUAGGGAGGGGGAUGAGGACUGA